UUACACAAUUCAACAAGAGUUACCCUGAUCACAUCAACCUGAUGCCAUGAAGAAGAGGUGAUGACUAGUUACAGUUUACAGGCCUGGUGGCCUAACUUGAUUGCACCUAACUGGAAUAAAUGAAGACCAACUCUGAGGCUCAGAAUUCUGCCUUCAUGUUUCUACCACUACUACUACAGCUGCUGCUGUUCAGUUUGGCCUUCCUGAAAGUGCUAGAGAAAGUGGAAGGUCCGAAGAAUGUUCACAUCAGUUCCACUGAUAUGACGCAUUUGCUGUUGUGGAGCCCGGUCCCUGCUUCGAAAGGUCCAGUGAACUAUUCAGUGCAGUAUCAAGGAGAGCAUGAAAGGGAGUACAAAAACGGCACUUGGGAAGAAGUAGAAGAGUGCACUGGUAUUGGGGUCACCAUCUGUGAUGUCACUAAAGAAAUCUCUUCAGAUGUGUACUACAGCUUCAGGGUGAUGGCAGUUCAGGAAGGCAGAAUGUCUGACUGGGAAACAAUUGAGCAUAUGUUCAAAAGAAAUCAGACUUUCUUGACAACCCCCCAAAUAAAUAUUACUGACAAGACUGAAUUUGUACGAGUGCAAGUAAAGAAGAUGCCCAAAUCAAUUGUUUACAUCAUAAGAUACUGGCAGCAACAUAACGAAGACAAUAUCAAAGUCGCCACCAUACCCUGGCAGCAGACAACAUAUGACAUAAUUGACAUUGUAGAACACUCCACAAUCUGUCUUCAGGCACAGACCUACUCUGAAGUAAUCCACAGAAGUAGUAAUUUCAGUGAAGUGCAGUGUGUCCAUUUAAAAGAAAGGAGGCAGAGAUGGGAUGCAAUCUUAACAGCUAGCGUUUUAGCCAUUCUGGGACCGCUCAUGGUACUCUGCGUGUUGGGGCUUCUCUGCCGCUUCUCCCGUGUCCUCAAGCAUUCAGUCUGCCCUGUGGAGCAUUUGCCUGAUACGCUGGAUUUUGAAUACUUUCCUGAGAAAAUACAGAGAAAAACAAAAGAAGCUUCUGAGUACUGUGAGCCUAUCAUGGUCCUGUCUAUGGAAAACAAUGAGAUCGCUGGAUUACUGCACACAGAGACAUCAGCAGAUGAGAAGAGAGUCUAGCAAAAGUGACUAAAACAAGCUGUUUACACUGCUAUGACUGCUGGAAACAUCUUUCAUCCUUACCUUAACUGGAAUCUUUGAAUGGCAAAACUGUGGAAAUUACCAUUUUAUGUUUUAUAAAAGUGAUUCCGUUAUACUGUUCUAGAACAGUCGUCAGCAUUAUUGUGACUGAGGUUUCUUCAGCAUGAAAUGACUGGUUAACAAGCUCCCAGAAGGCAGCCAUUUAAAACUAAACUCAAGCAGUAAUAUGCAGGAUGACUUCACAAUGUUCAUAUUAAUUGAAAACUGGGAACAUCAGUUUGAGGAUGACCUCUAAGAACACAAAAAACAAUGCUAAGACUUUGGAGGGCUGUCGUUUAUGCUUCCUGCACAUUGAUACAUGGAAAUGGAUCUCAGUUAAGGCUGGCAGCAUGGAAGUGGCAUUGAUGCAGUCUACGACUUACUUUUAUUAGUUACAAUUACUGUGUAGCCUGAUGUUCCCAUGGUAAAAUGGUGAGUUGGGAUGGUAGUCCAGUGCCAAGUGAGGGUCAGUAAACAAGUGUAAUGUGAAAAAAGUUCCCUGUGAAUAGGCAUGCUUCCUCUGGAGUAAGAAUGUGUCAUAUCAGUGGCAGACUGAAAUGGCCAUAUUCACAUAUCGGUAGAGCAUAGCUUCUGGCAUCCAGGGUCAUGGCAUUUGUUCCAAUGCAAGGGUGUGAUUGAAAUAGCUGUGGUGGAAAAUUCAUGUUUUGUUGGUUGUUCAAAUAGUUAAAGACAAAAAGAAGAAAAAAACACAUAUUAAACUAAAUAAUUUUUUUUCUCACGUUUUCAGAUACUGGUUAAGUUUGAAAUCAUGGAAGAUAUUUUAACCUCCAUCCAUACAUUUCAAGCUUAAGUAUUAUUAGGGUGUUGUACCAUGUUAGCCAAAAUGGAUGUAAUGAGAAGUCAAGCAAAAUGAAAUAUUUUAUUGGCUAACUAAAAAGAUUACAAAAUGCAAGACAAGAUGUCUCCCAUAAAGGUUUUCCAAUGCUGUAUCUGUCCUGGUGUCUAUAUAAACACAGUCUCUGUAAUACGUCUUGCCUGAGGCAGCGGCCUGAGUUGCCUUGAAAGCUUGCAUAUUGUAAUCUUUUAUAGUUAGCCAAUAAUAAAAUGUGUCAUUUUGCUUGACUUCUCAUUGCAAGUUUAAGUAAUCAAAAAGAAAAUAUUGUGAUUUCCUUAUGUAUCUUGAUAUAGUCAAAAGUAAGAUGAGGUUUUGUUGAAGCCCGCAGUCUGAAAAUUUCUCAAAGAUGGAUGUUUGAGAGAUGUGCUUUGGAGCACGCAUGACAUGUCGUCAACAGUCGUGCAGGUUCAAGAGGCAAGUUAGUUACAUUAUCACAGCAUUAAAGAACACACUGCAUGCACUCCAAUAGACAUGCAAAUGCUUUCCUGAAGAAUAUAUAUAUAUGGUACUUUCAUUUUAAUUGUGACACAUGAAGACAUUUUUGACAAAUUAACGUGUCAAUAAAGCUCAAAACCUGGACUGCAUUUUCAUCAUUUGACUAAACAGUGUUAUGGAGAGCUAAUGCUAGAAAGAAAGACAGUAAGAAAGAAAGGUUUAUUAUUUAAUUCUGUAAACAUCACUCUGCUUGAAAAAUAUGAAAAAUAAUAAAGUCGUAGCCAGUUUUAGUUCAGAAUAAAUGAUAUAUUUGGCUUGUUGUUGUUAACUAUGUUUAAAACAAGUGAAUGUGUUUUAACGUAUCUACCAAAUCACCACAUGUAACCACAAGGGGGCAGCACUGAGCCUCAAACCUUCCAACACCUUCUUACACAAACACUGGCCACAAUGGACAAUUUCCAAUUCUCCAUUUCUACCUCCCUUAAGUUUGGCCCAGAAACCUUCCCCUCUGGUGAUAUCCAAACACCCCAACAGGGCUGCUUUUCUGGACUCCAAAUGCCAUGCCACCCUGUGGGUUUCUUAACCAGGUUCAGCCCUGAGGAACACUGCAACCUGUCAUUGGGGGGAAUUAACUGCUCCCGGUAUGGCCUUUCACCCAGUCUAUUAAUUAUGGUCUCCUGGUCGGGCAAGAAUCCGUCCCUAGCUGUCCUUCCUUAUAUGUAAUUCAGCUCUCUACCUCUGUAACAACUGGCAAGCAUUUUUUUUAGAAGACUGUGCAUUGUACAUGCAAGACACUGUUUUGGACUUAAACUACUGAUCGUUUUUCUUAAAUUUCAAGGACUUAUUUUAAUCCGUUACUCACUUCACUGGCUCCACCUUUGAUUAUUAUUUAUUAUGGGUUAAAGCCACGUUGAAGCCAAUGAAUGUCAUGUUUUCUGUUUACCUCUUUUGGCAUUUUUACAGUAUUUACCACAAAAAAAAAAUAUUUUUUAAUAUGUCAGCUUAGGUCAGCUUGGGUGCAGUUGGUUUUCAGUCUACUUCAGCUUUACUGCCUGUAUGCAAUGGAAAACAGUCUACACUAGACAAAGAUGAUUCCAGCUUAAAGGGCAACCACUGUGUUGUUGAGCACAAUGAUUAGAUAUGGCAACACCUAAUAAGGCACCACUGUAAACUAAAAACAAAAAAAAUUACAUUUCGCAAGUGGAAGACUAAACUAAAAUGCUCGAUUUGAGUGUCCACUGUUGCAUUCAUCAGAGAUGGAAUGAGAACAGGAGCACGUUGAACAGCCAAAGGGGUUAAGUUAAUCUGCAGCCCAGUACGUACUGAAGAGGGAAAGUUGAGAAUGUUUUGAAAAUACGCAUUUUACAGCUUGGUGGUACUGUAGGUGUUACUACAAUGGGGACCGUUAAAGUGCUUUUCACACUGGUAUAGCAUGGUAGUCAUUGCUCAGCUGUCUUUUUCUACAUCAAUCCAUCAUCAAAACCAUUUAUUCCAGUUCAGGCUGCACGGGGGAAGUGGCCUUUCCCUGGAAAAUCAGGGGCAAAGCAGGAAUCUGUUUUAGAUUACACACCCAUACUGGGCUAAUUUUGAGUCACUAGUUAACUUAAAAUGCACUUAUUUAAUAUGUAACAGAAAAACACAUGCAAACUGGACCCAAAUCCAGGAAUUCCAUACAGUUAAUUAGUAUCACUAGCUACUGUGCCUGUUUAAUUUGUAGGGAAGAGAAAAGUCCCGCAGUUUCAAGUACUUUGUAAUGUGUAGCCAUUAUAGACAGGCCAGUUAUACUUUCAAAAUCUCCCAGAAUUUAUCUGUCUGGUGUUUCAAAAGCCACACAGAAGAGUUUAUAUUUUUUUAAAAUUUAUUUCAGUAUCUGUCCAAGUGCUAUCAUUUUUUGUGUACCUUGUGUUUAAAAUAAAUAUUUUUACAUCUCAUGUUUUGCAUAGAUCUAUUUUCAUAAAACUGCAUGACCUAUGUUCAAAGUUGCUUUUAACAUUCCAGUUUUAUUAGAAUAUUAAAACAAUUCUGACAAGAAUAGGCUAAGUAGGCCAACAAACGUACCCAUCCCAUUCACCUAUCACGGGUGUUGAACUCCAGUCCUGGACAGCUGCGAUGGCUGCAAGUUUUCAUUGUAGCCAUCUUCUUCAUUAAUGACCAGUUUUGGCUGAUAAUUAACUUGUUUUGCUUUAGUUUUAAUUAACUUGGCUCAGGCCCCAUAGUUGUUUCAUCCAUCCAUCCAUCCAUCCAUUUUCCAACCCGCUGAAUCCGAACACAGGGUCACAGAGGUCUGCUGGAGCCAAUCCCAGCCAACCCAGGGCACAAGGCAGGAACCAAUCCCGGGCAGGGUGCCAACCCACCGCAGGACACACACAAACACACUCACCCACACACCAAGCAUACACUAGGGCCAAUUUAGAUUCGCCAAUCCACCUAACCAGCAUGUGUUUGGACUGUGGGAGGAAACCGGAGCGCCCGGAGGAAACCCACGCAGACACGGGGAUAACAUGCAAACUCUACGCAGGGAGGACCCGGGAAGCGAACCCAGGUCUCCCAACUGCGAGGCAGCUGCUACCCACUGCGCCACCGUGCUGCCCCCAUAGUUGUUUCUUUUUCCUUAAUUAGCAGCCAAACAAUAAUGAGAUACAAAACAAGCUGCCACAUGACCAACUCACCUGUGCACAUCACACAAUAUCUGAAAAUAAAGAAAGGUGAUGGUCUUGGUAAGGUUGAUCUGUCAGGUCACCAAAACAUUCUGAUAGUGUCCUUAGAAAAAACAGACAAUUCAACAGUUUUGGAAAUGUCUGCUUUGGCAGAAUGAGAACAGCAACAGGCCAUGGAAUUAAAUAACGGGUUUAAUUAACAGCAAGAAUCAACUUCUCUUUAAGAGAUUGGUUGGAGUUUGAAAUCCCAGUUUAGCUGGUCAUCUGUUGGCCCGUUUCACAUCUCAUUUCUGUUUGGCUGUCAUUUAAUGAAGAAAAGAAUCAAUUGAGAGGACUGAAUCCUUACAAACAGGACUAUUAAAAUGAAGGGAAAAUAAGUUAAUUAGCAGGGAAAACUGGUCACUGAUUAGGAAAACGGUUACAAUGAAAACCUGUAGCCAAUGUGGCCCUCCAGGCCCGGAGUUUAACACCCCUGACCUAGAUUACCAAAAUAACAUCAAGCUGAAGACCACUAAAGUCCUGCUCUCCACCACACUGCUUGGCAGUUUAUCCCAUAUGUCUAUGCUGUGGUAAAAAGUUCUAUCGUGUGCAAAAUCUCCCCUUGACAAGUUUCCAACUGUGUCCCUGUGUUCUUGUUGCAGAAUUUAUUUUACAGUAACAACAGCGACCAACAGUUCUGUACUAAUUCCUUUCAUAAUUUUAAACCCUUUGAUCGUGUCACUUCUUAAUCUCUAUUUGCUUAACCUGGAAAGGUUUAUCCCCCUUCAAUCUCUCCUUAUAGCUCAUACCUCUUAGUCCUGGAAUCAGCCUAGUCAUUCUUCUUUGGACUUUCUCUAGCACUCCUAACAUCUUUUUUGUAAUAUGAAGACCAAAACUGAACACAAUGUAGUAUCCCAGAUGAGGCCUCACUAGUACAUUAUAUAACUUAAGUAUAACCUCCCUUGACUUGUACUCCACACAUUUUGAUAUAUAACAUAACAUUGCAUUUGCCUUCUUGAUGUGUACAGUGUCUUGACGAAAAUAGUGAUAGGUCCACCACAACUCCUAGUUCCUUCUCAUAACAUGUACUCUCAAGUUUCAGACCUCCAAUAUGCAUUCACAUAUGACACAAAACGCCGGAGAGGGCAUACAAAACUAUCAGGACUAUCACACAUAAGUCCAUAUAAUUUUGCCAGGUAGUCAUGGACAAGACCGAUUAUGAAAUGUUUUUCUGUUUACUCUUAUGUAGAAACAGAUUAGGGCAGACAUGAAGAAUAAGACAAAAUCAUUAUGAUUGACAGUGUGAGUACUUACCUGCCCUCUUACUUUAUCAAAAGGAAACAAUUUUACAGAAAAUGUCAGAACAGGAAAAAUAUAAAAAUGCCCACAACUUGGAUGAUCAGUUAUCAUGAAUCAAGACUGUCACAAAGCAAACAGAUUAUACACAGCAUAAAAGACGCUAAUAAGGUAAUGUGACAAACAGUAUUAUAUUUGUAUGAAAAUGUAGAAACUCUAAUUAGAAUAAUAUACCAUUUUUUU